AUGACUGCAAUGCAGACGAUGUCCAACUCGAGCGAACAGCGACGCGCUUCUAAGCGAUCUUCCAACGCGAACUUGAGUUGUGUUUUUGAUGAUCGGGACAAUAAGGUGCUGGUCACGCAGGGUUACCUUUCUGACCUGCAACAAAAAGUCGCUCGUUUGGAGCGAAGGCUGAACCACAGAGAAACUACCCCUGGCUUGGUCCGUGAAUCUCGAGAGCAUGGCGAGCAUCAACCCCCUCGUGGUGGUGACCAUGAACCGCGGGAGACCUCUCGAUCGAGUCCUACAGAGACGCGGGACAACUCUCCAAAGACAGAUCAGGGGAAUGGGGAAAGCCAUGAAUUGACAAACCCUUUGCUUGAAUCGCCCUCGAAGUUCAUGGCCGCUUCAUCCGGGAGGGCAUUCUACUUGGGGACCUCCUCCAAUUGGUCUUUUCAUGGCCAGGUGCUGAAUGUAGUUCAUCAGCAUAUCCGCAGAACCCCUCUGCCCGGAACAGACUUCCUGUUCGAUGGGUCGGCGUACGAUCUUCCUUGGUUAAAGACAAAUGCUCCUGUCAUUCCAAGUAUCGACUACGCCAUAUUUCUUGUCAAUGCUGUCAAGUUCCAUUGUGGUCAGUUGGUACAUUUGUUUGAUGAAGAAGAGUUCAACGCCAAGAUGUAUGCGUUCUACGGGAAUGCAGAACCCAACAAGCUUCAGGGCGGCUUGUGGUAUGUUCAGUUUCUACUAAUCAUUGCCUUUGGAAGGACACUUGUACAACGCAAACACCAAGCAUCUAAGCCGCCUGGAGCCGAUUUCUUCGUACACGCUCUUCAGCUACUACCUGAUACCAGCCGAUUGUGCCGAGAACCACUCUUGGCAUCAGAGAUACUAUGCGGUAUCGCUCUCUAUCUGCAAGCACUAGACUCGCGCAACGCCGCACAUGUAACAAUAGGCCAAGCGAUGCGAAUAGCAUUAGCAGAGGGUAUGCACACGGACAUGCCAGUUUCAGAACUAGGAGAAGCGUUCGUUCAGCGAUGUCGCAAGAUCUGGUGGUCCAUCUAUAUUCUUGACAGGCAGAUGAGUUCGCAGAUGGGCGUACCGCAGUCCAUACGGGACGAUGAGAUAACGUGCCAGCUCACACACUUUCCUGGCUCUGUUCAGCGGACAGCAGCGCUGAAGAUGCAGAUCAGGCUCGCGCGUAUAUACGCGGAUAUAGCGAGGAGCGUUUAUGGCCCGAAAGGUUGGCUUCGUAAGAAGUUUGUCAUUAGUAUCAAGGCUCUGCUCUACGACAUGGCAGCGAUCGCAGAGGAGCUACGAAAUUCCUUCCCUUUGCAUUCCGACGAGCGGCUCGGUGGUAUAUCAAGAAUGCCUGCACAUCUGCAUCUAAUGUACUAUCAGACAAUCGUUGUAACAACGAGACCACUACUGUUUUGUUGUCUGAAGAAAGUGUUCGAGUCUCCAAAAGAGGUGGGACCGCUGCUAUCGUCUCGCAAGAUCAGGCCUCUUCUAAGCAUGUCGCUGGAUGCUUCACAGAAGAUUCUCAACAUCCUUGAGAGCCUGCAAGAGCAGGACUUGUUAGAGACUUUUCUUCCAUGGGACCUUGACUCCCUCUUUGUGUCCACAAUGGUUCUUGUCUUGAUACGAUUCGUCGAUGAUACCCUUUCCGAAAACAGUUCAGCCUGGAUAAACAAGGCCUUUGCUUUCCUCGAUACCAUGAUAUCAAACGGGAACAAAAUUGCCAAAUUCAGGGCUGCUGAGUUGCGUAAACUGGAGGAACUGCUCUCUGAGUACUCUGCAAACCGGACUUGCCAGCAAUACCCGGCACUUCUUCUACCUCAACAACAGCAACCCGUGGGUCAGAACCAAUCACCACCACAUGAAAACUCGAUGCCCUCCGACAUGCAAUCGACGCGGACCAUGAUGAAUCCCGAAGCUAUGGGAAUGUACACUGCAUUUAGCGACGAGAGUAGCGGAUUCGGCGACGAUUUGACUGCAGAGCAGAUUCUUGCUGUGGCGGAGUCAAUGGAUCUGGGUACGACUGAUUGGUUCAAUAUGCUCGCGACUAUGGAUAUAUAUCAAAUGGUGGAUCCACAUGAGCAUCACAUCUAGAAUGUUCUUAUAUCGAUCUGGGAGUUCAUGAAAACGGUG